AUGGUAGCAAAACAACCAAAAUCAGGUUUAUUUAUAGGCUUAAAUAAAGGUCAUAAAGUAACGCCUAGAGAAUAUAGACCAAAACCUUCUCGAAGAAAAGGGAAAAUAUCUAAUAAAACAAAAUUUGUGAAAGAUUUGAUUCGUGAAGUAGUUGGUUAUGCACCAUAUGAAAAACGUGUUAUGGAAUUGUUGAAAAAUUCUAAAGAUAAACGUGCUAGAAAAAAAGUCGAAGAACUUAGUAAUAUUAUUGCAGAAUCUCGCCGUGCUCAUUAA